AUGUCAGCUGCAGAAGCAGUUCUUAAUCUCCUUGAUUCUUACUGGUUUGAGUAUGGGAUUUUCUCACCUAAACCCUCUUUGUGUAAAGUGAAAACAGAUCCAGUUCUUGAAGUUGAUGCAAAACCAAAGCUGAAUCGAAUCAAAACCCUCAUGAAGAAAUCUUCCAGUGAUCAGUUUUUGAGCUCUAAAGACUGUUCAAAUUCUUCAGAUUCUUCUUCUCCCAAAUCUGUUCUUGUUCCUAAGCUUCAAACUAUACUUUCUGGUAAAGAAGUUGAAGAGUUUGAACAGAAAAAGGCUUCAAGAACAGAAGAUAAUAGGAAGUGCAGGAGGAAGAAAAACAGCAGCAGAAGCUUAUCAGAACUGGAAUUUGAAGAAUUAAAAGGGUUUAUGGAUCUAGGAUUUGUGUUUUCAGAUGAAGAUAAGGAUUCAAAUUUGGUCUCAAUAAUCCCUGGAUUGCAAAGACUGGGGGGAAAACUGGAUGGAAAAUGGGAGGAAAAGGGAAUUGAGAAAUCUGUGAAAGUUUCAAGGCCCUAUCUUUCUGAAGCAUGGGAUGUUUUGGAAGAUGAAAAGAGAGUGAAGAAUUCAUUGAUGAUGGAUUGGAGAAUUCCAGAUUUUGGUAAUGAAAUGGAAUUGAAAGAUCAUCUUAGGUUUUGGGCUCAUACUGUUGCUGCAACUGUAAGAUAA